AUGGCUUUCAACCCACAGAAUCCGAGCAAUGUAACCGGGGGCGAUCAAUCGCGAACGCAGCCUCGUGCCCCGACUAAGAGCGCAUCACAAGGAAGCUACAGCUACGUUCAAUACUGCCCUGUCUGGACAGAUCCAGAUUGGAAAGAUGAAGGACCCGAACGAGCAAAGUCUGUCUUCAACAUCCAAGACAAGGUCUUAGAUCGACUUCGUCCCGCAUUACUACCUCGUGAUCAGUUCCAAAAGCCAAGUAUCUACGCCCAACGAUUUAGCAUCUUCCCCGGUCGAACCGAUGGCCGCUCGAGAGCUUCACCUACUAGGACCGAGAGCCGGCAUCUCUUUCCUGCCAACGCAGAGGUGAAGACUGGAAAGCAGUUGUUCGACCGCUUUGAGGAACUGGCACAGCAAUCAGGGGAGCGUGUCGAGGACUAUAUGGAGAGGACGCGGCCGGAUCUACAGAAACUGGACGAAACUGAGCAGCAGUACAUGCAACAGUAUGAAGACCUUCUUGUGGACGAAAAUUGGCAGACUAUCCUUUUUGGGAGUUUGACAAUGGAUGAAGUACAAGCUGAGGGGUAUCUUACCAUGUUAAACGACGUAGACAGCGAGCUCUCGGGCCCCUUAUAUCACUUUCUUUCUCGUGACCUAUGGGUAGAUACUCGUGCCUUUGGGCGUACGGCUGAUCGGCCUCGUUACAUGUAUACCUUAGAUGGUCAACGUGAAGAGUGGGAUCCCAGGUAUAACGAUCGAGUAUGGAAUGCUAUGCAGCCUGCCUUACAACUCGCUACCAGGAUCCUGAUGAUGGACGAAAGCUUCAUCCGAAGUCUUCAAGACGUCACAAACAGAUUGUGGGUCGACGAGGGUCUUUUCUUGAACCAGCCGAAGCAAAAAAGAUGGAGGAAACUCAAGUUCAUGCGCGAGCUCAACCCCCUGGAUCCGAAGAGGGUUUUCGGGGCGAAGGCGUUGAAAGAUAGUGGCAUUAAUGUCUUUGCAGCCAAUUGGGAGGCCCUGUGCCAAGUCUUUAACAUCAGACUGGCCAGUGGAUUCGACUUUUACGGGGAGUCAAAAAAACACAUCAUGGGCCGUCAAAGAAACCCUUCAUACUUCGGUCCGGGAGCCAAGAUCUUUAUCGACAUUGACGCUGAACUGGUUUGGCCACUGAUAGUUGACCAGUACUCCAAGAGCGAGAAGUUGAUGGCGAGCCUUAUACUCUCGACCACCAUGGCCCAUGAGAUGAUGCAUGCAUUCGUCUCCAUUCACUGGAAGUGGCUUGAAUACCCCGAAUCAGUCGGGAUUACAGAUAUGAGACAACUCCAAGCCUGUCGAACGUUGAAUGAUGAGCUCUACGACAUGGUCAAACAGGAUCGAUUUGAAGAACCUUACUUCGAAAACGAUGUUUACUCCGAGGUCGGGCAUGCAUUUGAGACACACGUUAUGGGAGGUGGUUAUUGGCCAUGGGGACAGUCUAUCCUGAGUGUACGUCCGAGCCCUUCGCUGCUGCAGACGGCGGGUGGUCUUAUCACUCAUUGUACGCAACCAGAAGGCGCCAAAAAUUCAUCUCCGAUGCUGGCGGCGCCACUGAUUCGGGAUAUGCAAAUCAGGCACUUCAUUCGCUUCGAGGAUAUCAAGAAGUACUACACCCAAGCCUUCUGGGACGUGUCGAUUCACAAGUAUGGCUCAGCAGCUUUGAGGGAGCCGUCAAGAAAGCCUCACAAAAUCAGCCACUACCCCAAUGAUGUUUCCAUCUUUCCGUGGUCACCAGAAAAGCUCGACAAACUUCAUCUAGGCACAGAUGACGAUUCAGACUGGCUAUGGGAAUACAUGUAUAGUCUGAAAGACGAUGACAAUCCGAGCGAAAACAGCUAUCUGUUGCAUAGCUACCUCAACAACCUCAUCACUGAAGCAUGCCAGUUCGAUAUCAUGAUUAUCAAGUUCCAGGAGGAUCAGCCCGCAUGGGAUGCUCGAGACAAAGUUUGGCGCGAACUUAGCAGCGAGACUCUUAUGAUACUCUGCGAGUUUUCGGCAUUCUUUGUCCAAGUACAUGUACCUUCUUCCGAUAACGCUGUCCUUAUGUUCCUCUAUGGAACCUGGGAGAAUGCAUGGUAUGAGCUUGGAGGGUAUCCUGACUACCAAUCCUCUCUGCUCGCCGAUGUAUUGGGGCAAGGUGGCAACGCCGACUGGGCUACUCAAGUGAGGAUAGUCACAAUGGACAAAUACGAAGGGCGACUGAUACCCAAGCUUGUGGACUUCAUGCAUCAUUUCGAAAGGGAGCUUGCACAUAUGGAAAGUAUGACCUGCGAGCUAUACCAGCUUGGAAGUACGUAUUGGGCUCUGUAUUUCCAUCUUGCCCCCGGACAUAUUGAUGCUUGGCGCAAACGAGUCGAUAAGAUGCUGUCAUCAGUGAGCAACAUUGUCGCUGUCAUGGAGUUUGCGGACCAAGGUAUCAAACAAUUCGACGGAGAAUGGCACCAACGAGCAUUGAAUCUCGGUCAAAGGGUUGAGGACAUCUCGCGGUUGUUGCGGCUGGAUGUUAAUGCAUACGAGCAUAACUGGCGUGACCUUUUGAUGUCCAUGCCUAUGCUACGCAAGUCAAACCGAAAGCCGCACCAAAGAUUCUAUUUCUUGGCCAAGAAGGAGAUGAUGAGUCUGACAGGGAAACAAUUGCAAAAUCUGCAAGAGUUCAAACGGCGUUUCCAGUCAGUAUUCAACCUGGGAGGGUAUAAGAUCGUUGUACCCGGAAUGGAUCCCGAUGAGCUGGGCAUUGCCCAAAGAUUGGCCGGAACUCUGGAUGAUGCUGAAGGCGAUACUGCCCGGGAUCGAGAGAUCAAGGGACCAUCCACAGGUAUCUUUGAUUUCGCCGGAGUCAGGCAACUAGCUAGUCGCUUGACCCAACAGACCAGAGAUGCAGAAGAGGAGAUGGUCAACCGCAUCAAGAAUAAUAUGUCUUACAAUAUUCCUACUCUGCAGGCAGAUGCAGCAGCGCAGGCUAGCGAACCGUCUCGCAUUCCUCCCAAGUUCCAGCAGAUGAGCGUGGAAAACCAGGCUCUACCGAUUAGUGUUGGACAGUCUUUCAACAUUGCCAAUUCCCCAUUCGCUUCUUAUGCUUCAGGAAGCAGUUCAGCCUUCCCGGCACAUCAGCCAGGCCAGCCAUCUGCAUGGAAAGCAGGAACUGCAGCUGAUAUGGCGGCUUGGGUAAAUGGGCGCCUGGGGGAUGCACCUGCGGCACCACAUGGCAUUAUGCCUCACCCAUAUGCUGUCCGCGAGACAGUCACCGAGGAUCUUCAACAAACUUCUGGACUAUCACUCCCUAUGAGGAACCCCAUCAUCUACGAGCGACCAUACGGGGAAAUUGACGAGGAAAUGGACGAGGACAUGGAUGAGGAACUUGAUGAGGAACUGGAAGAAGAAUAUGAGACUCAACUCGAGACGGACACUCUGCAAGACCCUGACCAAUCGCGGCAGCAACACGAACUGAAGUUACCUCCAGUAGCAUCUCUCCCUCUACCACCUAUUCCUAGGGAAGGACUUCUCGAUGAUCGAAUUCCAAGAUCUCUAUGGGACGAUGAUAUCUUUAUGGGGGGUUUCUCAGGGUUUGGAAAUCGUGCCACAGCGGUGUCGGACUUUAACCCCAGCAGUAGCGAUACCGAGUUAUCAGAGAUUGAAGAUCAGCUGAAGCGAGAUGGAAGCGAAACUACUCUUAUUGACUCUUCAGAUGCUGAGGACGAGCAGUCAAGCAGUGGAAGCAGCGAUCUUGCGUUCUCUAAGACAUCUGAAGGGCGAGCAAAAAAGCAGAGCUUGAAACGAAAGUCAAGUUGGGCGCCAGUCCACACCAAGAAGCAGAAGCUGGAUAUCUCAGAAGACAAAGAAAGAGAACGAGGUUCGAAGUCAAGCUCCCAGAAAAAGAAAGCAAAGGGCACCAAGAAAGAUAGAGUAAAGAGCACCAAGAAGGAGAAAGCAAGCCCAUGGGCUUGGCGGAAGUUUAUCGCGAGCUUUGGAAGGCAAAGUGCUUAG